AUGGAAACAGAAGAAAACAGCAAAUUGCCAUAUUUGGAUGUAGUGGUUAAUAAACAACCUAAUGGAAAAUUCGGCACAGGAGUAUACAGAAAAAGUACACAUACUGAUAGAUAUUUACACGCCGAUUCACACUACUGCCCCUCGCAAAAAAUGGGACUAUUACACACAAUGGCAACAAAAGCCGUCAGAAUAGCUGAUGAAAACCACAUGAACGAAGAAAAAACAUACCUACAACAAGUACUCAAAAACAAUGGAUACACAAUCAAAAAUAACAACAAGGCAAUCAGAAAAGCAGAGAAAAGAAAAAACAAAACACGCAAUGACGAUGAAGAAAACAAAGAAGAUGAAAAGAAAGGAAUUUUAAUACUACCGUACAUACAGGGAAUCACUGACCGCAUUUCAAAAAUCACACAAAAACUUAAACUAAGAAGUGUUUUUAAACCGAACACAGUCGCAGGAUCACUACUCCGGAACCCGAAAGAGAAGCUACUAGAGAUGCAAACACCCGGAGUAUAUGAAAUACCGUGCUCUUGUGGUAAAUCCUACAUUGGACAAACAGGAAGAGCUAUUGCAACAAGAAUAAAAGAACACGAAAAAAACGUGGAUUACCAAAGGACAAAAAAAUCCGCAGUAGCCAAACACGCUAAAAACAAAGGACAUGACAUCCAAUUCGAUAAAGUAAAAAUACUAAACAAAGAAACUCAUUUUGGCAAACAAAUGUACAAAGAGGCAAUAGAAAUCGAAAAAUUUCCAGAGAAUUUCAACAGAGAAGACGGAUGGAAAAUAAGCAAAACUUGGUUACCCAUCAUACACCAGACAAACAGUUCAAUACAAGAGAAAGUUACUAUCAACAUAAUGGAAAACUGUCGAUGCAGAAAAGGAAGACCAAAUGCCAAGAAUGUCAAAAAAAAAAAAAACAACAAUAAUCAAAAACAAAGUUGUCAACAAAAACAUCAGCAAAAACAAGAUACCGUAAACAACAUGAGUAAUAAACAGAUAUGA